CUGCUCAAACAAGGUGCGCGCGCAAACGCACGGGCAUGCGCGUACACACACGUUCUGGAGGGAAGACAGAAGACCGAACGUGUGAGGGAGAGAGCGCAGCAGAGUAAGACACUGCCCAGGAGAGAAGGAGGGAGAGAAGUGAAAGAGGUGAAAGGAGAGGAAAGCGAGAGAACACACUGUUCUUUCUUUGCCCUUUUUCCCCUCCUACCUCUUCUUGCACUUGCCAUCUCUUAGGGUGUUUUACCGCACAGAAAGGAGCAGCACUGAGGGGAAAUAAGAGGGAGUUUUUUUUCUCUCUCUCUCUUUUUUUUUUUUUUUUUUUUUCUUGAGGGUGAUGAAACAGCAUGGCGUGGCUUAGCGCGCACAGAUGAAACGCGCACACACACACCUGGAAGUUUUGCGUCCUCUCAGUUUGGACCUUUUCUCAACCUGAACUCCUGCACCUGGACACAAAGCUAAUUCUGCCUUAGCUUUCCCUUCACACUUCUUUGUCUUGUUUUCUUCUUGAAACUCUUUGUAGCCACUGGUUGGCCAGGUCAGAGCGUACAGUGCUGCUUGACUUUGGAGUGAACGUUUUUCCUUUCUGGAUACAGCUUAUUCCUAUUGGGAGCGAGUUAGUGCGAGUGCAAGCGUGAAGGAGAAAAAGACGAGGUAGAGAUGGAGUUAGAGCGGCGGAAUAGCGAGUCCUGCCUCUCUCCUGCCGCCUUUGUGAACCAGGUGCAGUAUUCCAACAUUCUGGAGGGCAGAUUCAAACAGCUGCAAGAUGAGAGAGAAGCAGUGCAGAAGAAGACCUUCACUAAAUGGGUAAACUCUCACCUUGGCCGCGUCACCAGCAGGAUCGGAGAUCUAUACACUGACCUGCGCGAUGGACGCUUGCUCAUCAGACUGCUGGAGGUGCUCUCCGGAGAACAACUGCCGAAGCCCACUAAGGGCCGUAUGCGGAUCCAUUGUCUGGAGAAUGUGGACAAGGCUCUGCAGUUCCUCAAGGAGCAGAAAGUCCACCUGGAGAACAUGGGCUCUCAUGACAUCGUCGACGGCAACCACCGUCUCACACUCGGACUUAUCUGGACCAUCAUCCUGCGCUUCCAGAUCCAGGACAUCAGCGUGGAGACGGAGGACAACAAGGAGAAGAAAUCGGCCAAAGAUGCUCUACUGCUGUGGUGCCAGAUGAAGACUGCUGGGUACCCGAACGUCAACGUACAUAAUUUCACCACCAGCUGGAGAGAUGGUCUGGCGUUCAAUGCCAUCGUUCACAAACACAGGCCGGAUCUGAUUGAGUUUGACACUCUAAAGCGCUCCAACGCUCACUAUAACCUGCAGAAUGCGUUCAAUGUGGCCGAGAAGGAGCUGGGGCUGACCAAACUGCUGGACCCAGAGGAUGUCAAUGUGGAUCAACCAGAUGAGAAAUCCAUCAUUACAUAUGUUGCCACGUACUACCACUACUUUAGCAAGAUGAAGGCCCUCGCAGUGGAGGGCAAGAGAAUCGGCAAGGUGCUGGACUAUGCGAUUGAGGCUGAUCAGCUGAUUGAGAAGUACGAGACUUUGGCGUCCGAGCUGCUUCAGUGGAUCGAGCAAACAAUCGUUACACUGAAUGACCGUCAGCUCGCCAACUCCCUCAGCGCCGUCCAGAACCAACUUCAGGCCUUCAACACCUACCGCACCGUGGAGAAACCACCCAAGUUUACAGAGAAAGGUAAUUUGGAAGUUCUUCUCUUCACCAUCCAGAGCAAAAUGCGAGCAAACAACCAGAAAGUCUACAUGCCUCGAGAGGGCAAACUCAUUUCUGACAUCAACAAGGCGUGGGAGCGGCUGGAGAAGGCAGAGCAUGAACGAGAACUGGCUCUGAGAAACGAACUGAUUCGUCAGGAGAAGCUGGAGAUGCUUGCUGCUCGCUUUGAUCGCAAAGCCGCAAUGAGAGAGACCUGGCUGAGUGAGAAUCAGAGACUAGUGUCUCAGGACAAUUUUGGCUUUGAUCUGGGGGCAGUGGAGGCUGCCACACGGAAGCAUGAGGCCAUAGAAACAGACAUCGGAGCUUAUGGAGAGCGUGUGGCUGCUGUGGAGGCGGUGGCCCGUGAGCUGGAGGCUGAGGGAUAUCACGAGGUGAGACGUAUCCUUGCACGGAGGGAUAACGUCCUGCGCCUAUGGGAGUACCUGAAGGAGCUGCUUACUGCCCGCCGAGAGAGACUGACCGCACACAGGGACCUGCAGAGGCUUCUAGAGGAGAUGAGAUACAUCAUGGACUGGAUGGGAGACAUGAAGGGUCGUCUGCAGUCUCAGGACAGCGGGAAACACCUUCAUGAUGUGGAGGAUUUGCUGCAGAAACACACUCUGGUGGAGGCAGACAUAUCCGCCCAGGCAGAGAGAGUACGAGCUGUGCAGGCAGCAGCCAAACGCUUCACUUCAGAAGAAAUGAGCUAUAAGCCGUGUGAGCCAGCUCUGGUGGAGGAGAAGGUGUCAUUGCUGGGCCAGGCAUACGAUGAGCUGGGCCGUUUGGCAGGUGAGCGGCGAGUGAAGCUCGAGGACUCUCGCCGUCUGUGGCAGUUCCUGUGGGAGUUGGGCGAAGAAGCGGCGUGGAUUCGGGAGCAGGAGCAGAUCCUGGCUGCCGGAGACUGCGGCCGAGACCUCACCUCUGCCCUGCACCUGCUCUCCAAACACGAGGCCUUUAGAGACGAGAUGGCCGCCCGCUAUGGCCCCCUCAGCAACAGCAUCGCCUCCGGAGAGCAGCUGGUGCAGGAGGGACACUUUGGAGCUCCUGAGGUGACAGAGAGAAUUAAAGACAUCAGAGCGCAGUGGAGCCAUCUGGAGGAGACGUCUCAGCUGCGUGAGCAGCGUCUGAAAGAGUCUGUAGCUCUGCACCAAUUCCAGACAGAUGCUAAUGACAUGGAGGCCUGGCUGCUGGAGACACUCAGACAGGUGUCCAGUCAGGAGGUUGGCCAUGAUGAAUUCUCCACACAGACGCUGGCGCGGAAACAAAGGGAGGUGGAGGAGGAGAUCCAGAGCCAUCGUUCUCUCAUAGACUCACUGCAUGAGCAGGCUCAAACUCUGCCCCCUGCUUACGCCCAAUCUCCGCAGGUGGAGGGGCGUCUACCUGCGAUUGAGCAGCGAUAUGAAGAACUAGAGGCUUUGUCGUCAGCGCGGCGACAGGCUCUGGAGGGGGCGCUAGCACUGUACCGCAUGUUCAGCGAGGCUGGAGCCUGUCAGCUAUGGAUCGGGGAGAAGGAGCAGUGGCUGCACAACAUGGAGAUCCCCUCCAAACUGGAGGACCUGGAGGUGGUCCAGCAAAGGUUUGAAACUCUGGAGCCAGAGAUGAAUAACCUGGGUUCUCGCAUCACAGAUGUUAAUCAGGUCGCUGAACAGCUGCUGAAAUCAGACAGCCGCAACAAAGAGCAAAUCAACCAGACACAGGACCAACUCAACAACAGGUGGAGUGAGUUCCAGAGAGUUGCAGACCAGAGGAAACAGGCUUUGGAAUCUGCUCUGAACAUCCAGAACUAUCAUCUGGAGUGUAAUGAGAUCCAGAGCUGGAUGAAGGAGAAGACUAAAGUCAUUGAGUCCACUCAGAGCUUGGGCAAUGAUCUGGCUGGUGUCAUGGCCCUGCAGCGCAAACUCACCGGCAUGGAAAGGGACCUGGAGGCUAUACAGGGCAAGCUGGGCGGUCUGCGUUCAGAAGCAGAGAAGCUGGCAUCAGAGCAUCCGGAGCAGGCCGGAGAGAUCCGUGCGAGGCUCGAGGAGAUCCAGGAGGUGUGGGAGGAUCUUCGCUCCACUAUGAAGCGCCGCGAGGAGUCCCUGGGCGAAGCAUCCAAACUGCAGGGCUUCCUGAGGGAUCUGGACGAUUUUCAGGCCUGGCUGUCCCGCACACAGACGGCCGUGGCCUCUGAAGACACACCCACCUCAUUGGCUGAGGCUGAGCGGCUGCUGGCCCAGCACGAGGCCAUCAAGAACGAGGUGGACAACUACCGCGAGGACUACGAGAAGAUGAGGGCUACCGGAGCCGAGGUGACCCAGGGUCAGACGGACGCUCAGCACAUGUUCUUGGCUCAGCGGCUGCAGGCUCUGGACACAGGCUGGCAUGAGCUGCGCAGGAUGUGGGAGAGCAGACACUGCGUGCUGGCUCAGGCCUUUGACUUCCAGACCUUUCUCCGGGAUGCCAAGCAGGCCGAAGGCUUUCUCAACAGCCAGGAGUAUGUGCUGUCACACACUGAGAUGCCCAGUAGCCUGCAAGGGGCACUGGAGGCCAUCAAGAAGCAUGAGGACUUUCUCACCACCAUGGAGGCCAGUGAAGAAAAGAUCAAUGGUGUGGUGGAGUCUGGGCGACGCCUUGUAUCUGACGGAAACGCCAACGCUGACAAGAUUCAGGAGAAAGCUGACUCCAUUCAAGAGAGACACCAGAAGAAUAAGCAGGCAGCUAAUGAUCUUCUGGCCAAACUGAAGGACAAUAGGGAGCUCCAGCACUUCCUUCAGGACGGACAGGAGCUGACUCUCUGGAUUAAUGAGAAGAUGUUGACAGCUCAAGACAUGUCAUAUGAUGAGGCCAGGAACCUGCAUAGCAAGUGGCAGAAACACCAGGCCUUCAUGGCUGAGCUGGCCUCCAACAAAGACUGGCUGGACAAAAUCGACAAGGAGGGUCAGGCACUGGUGGCUGAGAAGCCUGAACUGGAGGAGACUGUGUCAGAGACUCUUCGUGCACUACAGAAGCAGUGGGAGGAGCUGGAGAACACCACACAGACCAAAGCGCAGUGCCUGUUUGAUGCUAACCGGGCCGAGCUGUUCACUCAGAGCUGUUCGGCACUGGACUCCUGGCUCCAGAACAUCUCCUCUCAACUUCAGAGCGACGACUUUGGCAAGGACUUAACCAGUGUCAACAUACUGCUCAAGAAACACCAGAUGCUGGAGCACCAGAUGGAUGUUCGUGAGAAGGAGGUGCAAGCUCUACAGUCUCAGGCACUGGCCUUGGCCCAGGAGGAGGCUGGAAUAGUGGAGGUGGACAGUCAGCAGCGCAGAGUGGAGGACAGAUUCUCUCAGCUGCAGGAUCCGCUCAAAAACAGGCGCCUGCAGCUGCUCGCCUCCAAAGAAGCCCACCAGUUCAAUAGAGACCUGGAGGAUGAAAUACUGUGGGUGAAAGAAAGAAUGCCUAUGGCUACAUCCACUGAUCACGGCAAAGACCUACCCAGCGUACAGCUCCUCAUCAAAAAGAACCAGACUCUACAAAAGGAGAUCCAGGGCCAUCAGCCCCGCAUCAAUGACAUCCAGGCACACGGGCGCAGCAUGGAUGAUGAGCGGCGUGCAGCUCUGGAUGAGCGUCUGACAGAGCUCGGGGAGCUGUGGGCCCGGCUCAUCUCAGAGACUGACCAGAGACAUGCGCGCUUAGUCGAAGCCAACCGAGCCCAGCAGUUCUACGCUGACGCAGCUGAGGCUGAGGCCUGGAUGGGCGAACAAGAGCUGCAUAUGAUGUCUGAGGAGAAGGCCAAGGAUGAACAGAGUGCUGUGGUGAUGGUGAAGAAGCACCAGAUCCUGGAGCAGGCACUGGAGGACUACGCUCAGACCAUCCACCAGCUGGCCAACAGCAGCAGGCUCAUGGUGAACAGUGAACAUCCUGAGAGUGAGCGGAUCACGCUGCGUCAGGCUCAAGUGGAUAAGCUGUACGCUGGGCUGAAGGACCUGGCGGAGGAGCGGCGGGUCAGGCUGCAGGAGAGGUUGAGGCUGACCCAGCUCAAGAGAGAGGUGGAUGACUUGGAGCAGUGGAUCGCAGAGAGAGAAGUCGUUGCCGGCUCUCAUGAACUCGGACAAGACUAUGAGCAUGUCACUAUGUUGCGAGACAAGUUCCGGGAGUUUGCUCGGGACACCAGUGCGAUCGGUCAGGAGCGAGUAGACGCUGUGAAUGCUCAGGCAGAUGAGCUGAUCGAAUCAGGUCAUCCAGAGAACGCCAGUGUGGCCGAGUGGAAGGACGGUCUGAAUGAGGCUUGGGCAGAUCUGCUGGAGUUGAUGGACACACGUACGCAGAUGCUGGCCGCCUCAUACGAGCUGCACCGCUUCCACCAGGAUGCUCGUGAGGCACUGGGGCGAGUAAAGGAGAAGAGAGAGGCUCUGGCUGGAGCGGAACUGGGCAGAGACCUCAACACUGUCCAGCACCUGCACCGCCAACACACCGCCUAUGAACAUGAUGUACAGGCACUGAGUGGACAGGUGACUCAGGUGCAGGACGAUGCGGCUCGUCUGCAGAAAGCAUAUGCUGGAGAGAAAGCUGAGGACAUCCACCGGCAUGAGCGAGCUGUGACUGAGGCCUGGGAAGGGCUUCUGGCCGCCGCUCAAUCCAGACGACUGCUGCUGUUAGAUACAGUGGAGAAGUUCCGCUUCUUCAACAUGGUCCGAGAUCUGAUGUUGUGGAUGGAUGGAAUCAACCUGCAGAUACAGUCCCAUGACAGCCCCAGAGAUGUGUCAUCGGCUGGGCUGGUGAUAGCAAAUCAUCAGGACAUUAAAGCAGAGAUUGAGGCCAGAGCCGGCAACUUCACCGCAUGCACCGACAUGGGAAACACACUUCUCAACAACAACCACUAUGCUUCAGACGAGAUUCGGGAAAAGCUGGAGCAGCUUCAGGAGAAAAGAGAUGAAAUCAGCCAGAAAUGGCAGGACAAAAUGGAAUACCUACAGAUCGUUCUGGAGGUGCUGCAGUUCGGCAGGGACGCAUCAGUAGCCGAGUCAUGGUUGGCAGGUCAGGAGCCGCUAGUGCGGGCAGCAGAACUGGGCUCCAACGUAGACGAAGUAGAAAGCCUCAUCAAACGUCAUGAAGCCUUUGAGAAACUCGCUGCAGGCUGGGAGGAGCGCUUUGUACAACUGGAGAAACUCACUACGCUGGAGGAGCAUGAGAUUCAGAAAAGGAUUGAAGAAGAGGAGAGAGCGAGGAGACCACCCACACCUCCUCCCGUAGAGGAGGUGGUACAGUCUGAAGCAGAACAUGAGUCAGCAGCCAGGACAAGUUUAGACCAGACCACGCUAAACCAGUCAGUGUCUGUCAACGGAGUACACAGUGACCAGGACACAUCACAGUCCUUAUCGGUCUCGGUAUCUGAACUGCCGAAUCCGGAACCUAAACCACUUUCUAAACCAGAAUCUAAACCGGUCUCUAAGCCUGUGCCAAAACCCUACAAGGCACAGCAGCGUGGGUCAGAGUCUGAGUCUGUGAACGGGCCGGGCCGGGACAGUGGACUGGACACAGCCUCUCGGCACGACCCCUCAGCCACAUUGCCUGGCAGAGUGGACCCCACCACAGAGACCUUGGAGGGCAUGCUGUGCAGAAAACAUGAGAUGGAGAGCCACGCAAAGAAAGCAGCCAACAGAUCAUGGCAGAAUGUGUACUGUGUGCUGAGGAAGGGAAGUCUUGGCUUCUAUAAGGACAACAAGAGCGCCUCUAACGGAAUCCCCUACCACGGAGAAGUUCCCAUCAGCCUCAGUGAGGCCACCUGUGAGGUCGCCCUCGACUACAAGAAGAGGAAGCAUGUCUUCAAACUGAGGCUGGGAGAUGGGAAAGAGUUCCUGUUCCAGGCCAAGGACGAGGCUGAGAUGAGUUCAUGGAUCCGUGCCAUCCACUCCUCCAUGCCGUCGAGCGGCGCUGGUGAGCGUUCGCCAGGCGGUCAGCGCGGUCUGAGCCGGGCAAUGACCAUGCCGCCCAUCUCACCCAGCUCGGGCGAGGCUGGAGGAGUGACCAUGCGCAAUAAAGAGGGCAAAGAGAAAGACCGCGAGAAGCGCUUCAGCUUCUUCGGCAAGAAGAAAUAAAGGAGCACUGCACCGUACCGUACGGAAAAGGGAGGAGUGAAGCAUCGGUCACCCAACACUCAAAACACAAACUGAUACUGUCUGAGAAAACAGAGGAGGACCGCGUCCUCUACUGUCACUUAGCCCUACUUCCACUUUUUAUUUCUUUGAGUCAUCUUCAUCUCUCUGUCUCACUCAGUGCCAUACAGGAGAACAUCCUUCUCUGAGCUCGCCUCCAAGCUCUGUUAACGACUCCAGCCAAUAGGAGGCAGGCAGGUUAGUGUCAGUGACCAGUGAGACCCUUGCUGAUUGGACAGUUUUUCCAAACUGAAAAAAAGGCAUAGAAAGCGUAUGCUUACUCAUUUUUUCUUUAUUUCAAUAUCAUUUCUGUUUCGACCUUGAGGCUAGCAGGCUUUCCCAUAAUGCAGUGGUUCCAAAGUUUCUAUUCCUUUCCUUCAUGAUCUACUUCUUUUCUCUCUUUUUGUUUGAAUUUCUUUGUGAAGGACCAGAAUCACAUUUUUUUGGUAUUGAUGUUGUUACCAGUAAUAUAUCUGUUGUUAUUAUUAUUUAUCUAUUUGCCGUUGCAGUUUUUGAGGAGAAAAAAAGUAAUAUUUAAUGAGAAUUUAAGUAUAGCUAGUUUCGAGUCCUGUUUUAGAGAGGGUAAAAAAAUCCACACUCUUCUAGAACCGAGCAUGAAGAGUUCUAGAACUGGUCUAGAGUCAGCUUCUGGAAUCGGCUCAUAGUUGAAGGGGUUUCUUUUGUAGAAUUGACAGCACAUGAGAUAUUGUUUCCUUUGUUUUUGAAUUGACAGAUUAUUUUUUCCCCCUAAAGAGUAAUUAACUUUUAGUCUUUUUUUUUUGGAAGUGUGCAGGGAAUAACAAAAAAAAUCUAAAUACUACAGUCUGCAAAUUUAACUUCUGUUUAUGGUGGGUUUUUUCCAUUUAACUCCUAUUUUAUCAGUUCCAAAGGAUUUUAAAGUUCUGAAUGUUGAGGUUUUUCUUUCUUUCUUUCAAGUUUUUUUUCUGUACACUGGUGAAGGUGCAGUUUGUGGUUGAGGAGUUUUGUUGUGGUUUGCUUUAUUCUAGUUUAAAGGCAAAAUUCGAGUGCUGUUUUCUGACCGAACACAUACAUGCAUAAACAUGUGAAGAACUGUGGGGAGGGACCUUUUUCUUUCUUUGUUCUUUAUUGGGUUGAUUUGGAACACGUAAUUCUCUGUAUCGACAUUUGCUUUGAACGUUUCCUCCUGAUUGAUCCUCAGACGCCGGUUUCAGCAGUUACACCAACCGAGUGCACACAGUCCGACCCCCCACCGCCCCCCCCCCCCCCCCCACCACCAGACUGCUUCAGAAAGCCCUGGGCCCUGGUAUGCUGUUUUUGCCAGAAUGUGACUUUGGGCUGUUUUUUUAGAGCGUGCGUGAAUAUAUAUGUAUGUGUGCGCCAAUGUGAAGAAAAACACUGGAUGAGAAACUAAACUACUGUUAUUUUUUUUUCCUAAUGUGGACCAAAUCUCCCAUUCAGUAAACUCCUAAUCUUAAUGAAUCACCUGAAUCAUCACCACUGGAAUUAUCCCAUGUAAAGCUAUACAGGAAGCUAGGGGUCAGGAGAUUUUUGAAGCUAUUUUUGCAUUUGUACACAGAAUAGCAUGGCAUAGUAUUCGUCCCCCAUUUAUCCAGUGUAGCAUGAACAGUAUUUUUGUAGAAGGUCGGAAGGUCAUUCACUCAUUGGCCUCGUCAUGAUUGUCGGUGUAUUUGUGAUGUUAAAACUAGGUGGUCGUAAGCGCUUGUCUUUCUCGCUGUCGUACGAUGAAGCCCCAUCCUCCGAGGGGGUGGAGUAUCAAACUGUGAACGUUCUGGAAGUGGAAAUGACGAGAAAUAAACGGUGCCCGCUUUUAAAGACGACGUGAAAGUUUAAUUUGUACCGAAGGAAAAUUGCUCUGAUUUUCAUUGGAGGAUGUAAUUUUUUACGAAAGUUUUGAAACACGCUCAUUUUUACGUUGGCGUAACUCCAUGCUUGUAGAUAUUUGUGACUGUUUUGUCUGUAGGCUUUAAUUUGGCUACAAUUGAAUGUCAACUCUAAUGCUGAAACCACGGUUAAUGGGCUAGUAAAGGCUGGGUCCAGCCUCAAAAGCAUGACCUUUUUUCUCCAAACUGGUCAGUGCUGAUUCAGUAAGCUUCAGCCACUCAGACCGUCUUAACUGGCUCCUCUUACGCCAAAUUACAUAAAUAGUUCUAACUUGCGCUUGAAUACGUGGUAAUAGCAUAAUGCACAUCCGUUUACGACUAUAGUUCCUGCUUACUGUAACAGAAACUCUGAGAGGAAUUCACCCCAUUCGAAUCCAAUAAAGGAGCCCAAGCUAGCAUGAACUGAAUAGACAUUUGCUUUCAUCGUUUACUGUUUGGGUUCAGCCGGACCUGGUCAGUUUGAAGGAAUAGCUUAAGCACAUAUAACUGGUUUGUUGCUCUCAAUGAAUUGAAGCUAAGAGCCCCCAGCUAUUCCUUUAAGUGGCAGUAGAGGAUCUUUAACAAUAUUUCUUCAUCUUUAUCUCCACUUUUAGUUCAGUCUCACUCCUGCCUUUGUACGAAUGUAAUACGGUCAAUAUGGUCAAAUUUGUCUGGGCAAAUAUGUGAGUGUCUGUGAAGCGAGUGCCCAGAGUGUGCAUGGCAUUUUAAAAAUGACCGAUAUUAUAGGGCAAUGAAUCAGUUAAUGCAAGGAUUUCGAUGCAAUACAUUAUUAAACCGUCAUACAUGCAUUUGAGGAACUUCACUAACAGAGGAAAGUCCACAAAAACAGAAUUCUGGUUUUCAUACAGCGUAGAUUCGAAUGUUGGACCAAAAAAAAGAUCACUUGCUAAAGGAAGGUUUCCUUUUCUUUUUCUUUUUUUGUUCUUUUUUUCUCACAUUUCUUGGCAAUUUCUUUGCAAUAUUUGAAUGUGUCCAUAAAAAUUGCCCCCCCCCAUCACCACUUCAUCAACAUGUAAUUUAUCAACUGAUGUCUAUAUUUCAUUCUGCUACAACUUCAAAUCCUGUUCUGAAUUGUCAAUACCACUACGACCAUGUUAUCAUUAUUAUUAAUUCAUUAUUAUUAUUAUUACUGCAGAACUCUUCUACUGUUGCUACUGUUAUUAUUAUUAUUAUUCCUACUACUACCAUUACGACUGCCGCUCCUGUAUAACUGCAAACUAUUCCUGCUGUUGAGUUUCAGGUUCUUUCGUCUGUAAUACCAGGCCCUGCCUACAGGGGGCCGCAGUGUGCUGUGGAGCAUUUUUCAUUAAUGAUCUUGGGGGG